GAGCGCGAAACGACCGAGCUGCGAAUUGGCCUCUACCCACCCGUUGCAGGUGUACAUACGCGAGGAGCUGCUGCAUGGCUGGAGAUAAACCACCCCUUUGUCAACACAAACGGGUCAGUUGAUGGAAAACCGAUCGGUAAAAUCUCCACGCAGAAGAGCAAAACGACAGAGUAAAAUUUCAACCGACUUUUCUCCCCUCCCCCCCCAAAAGUGCUCCAAAAUGAAGAAGGCCGCCUUCUUCUCUACACUUAAAUACGUUCGGAUCCCCUCCCCCCUGACCGUCAACAGGAACAUGAGACGGUUUAACAUGGCCGAAAACGACCGGAAGAUCUUCUUCUCCUUCAACCUGUUUUCCGUCUUCCUGUUCACCCUGCCAGUGGUUUACCUGACCAAGGCGAAUUACCAAAUGUGCGAAGAGAACGAAAUGGUUUACAACAAGUUAUGUGGCUCUCGGGCGAACGUCACGAGGGGCCUUUUUUCGAGUUAGAAGGGGGACACCUCCCCAGGAGGUUAGCAGCGGGGGAGCAACUUCACCACGUCAACGCGAAACCCUUUGCGUGGCUCCCUUUUUUUUUUUUUUUUUUUUUCCACUCGUGCGGCAGGCCGCUCCACCCAUGAGACUUCGCCUGCUCAUUAAGUGAAACACCCAACGU